CCUAACCCAGGGUAAGCGAUGGUUGUCCAGCAGCUGUUGUGUAAGUGUGGAGGAGACACAGGACUAGUGAACGCCGGCAGGAGAGCCAUGUCUAGGAUAUUAAUCGUGGGAGCAGGCCUGACCGGGAGCCUGUGUGCCUACCUGCUGAGGAAGGAGCUGGCCAACAGACUGCAGCUCGUCGUAUGGGACAAAGCCAGGGGCGCAGGGGGACGCAUGUCUACAAGUCGGUCACCUUCUGACCCAAACUGUACCGUAGAUUUGGGAGCCCAGUAUAUCACAGUCACCCCAGAUUAUGCAGAGAAGCACAAAACGUUUCAUGAUGAACUAGUGGCUAACGGCAUCUGUAAACCCCUAAGAGCUGCAGUAGAAGGAAUGGUGAUGUCAGAAGGAUCCUACAACCUUGUUACACCUCAGGGAGUCUCUUCAAUUGUGAAGCACUACCUCAGCCAGUCAGGUGCUGAUGUUUUUUAUGAACGGCAUGUAACACACAUAAACCUUCUGGAGGGAAGAUGGGAAGUUUGCAGAAAGUCUGGGUCCCCUGAAAACUUUGAUAUUGUGGUUCUCACAAUGCCAGUACCACAAAUUCUGCAACUACAAGGGGAUAUUUCCAAAUUAAUUAAGGAAAGCCAAAGGCAGCAACUGGAAACUGUGAGCUUCUCCUCCCGCUAUGCUUUGGGACUGUUUUAUGAAACUGGCACACAGAUUGAUGUCCCCUGGGCAGCAAAGUACAUCAAUGAUAAUCCUUGCAUACGCUUCAUCUCCAUUGAUAAUAAGAAACGCAAUGUAGAGUCUUUAGAAUUUGGACCAUCCAUCGUUGUCCAUACUAGUGUACCAUUUGGAAAAGAGCACCUAGAGCAAGAUAAAGAAGCUGUGCAGCCCUUGAUUCUGAAGCAUCUAGAGUCAAUAUUGCCGAACCUUCCUAAACCAAAGGAUAUCAAGUGUCAGAAAUGGCGGUAUUCUCAGGUUACAAAGGCCUUUCCUGAUUGUCCAGGUCAGAUAACCCUGCACAGCAAGCCUUUCCUUCUAUGCGGUGGAGACGGAUUUACGCAUUCAAACUUUGAUGGAUGUACCGAAUCAGCAUUACGCAUUGUGGAAACUCUAGUCUCUCAGUCAAAGCAUUGACACUAGGUGAUUAAAUAUAAAGUAGUGAUGUGAUCAUAUACAUUUUUAUGGGUGAGCAUUACAACAUUGUGCUCUCAGCUUAAUUACAUUUAUUGUUUAGAAUGGCUUAUUGGCAUCAUCUAAAACUGAUGCUCUUAUAUGAUGGCUAGCAACGUAAAAUCUAUUGUUGUUAUGGAAUAAUGAAACUGAUUUAUUAAAGCUUUUAUGGCUCA